AAUUCCAUAGACUUUGGCCUGCGCGCGCUCCAUCGCCAGAAGAGACCGGUUGAUCCCGCUUUUUCUAUCAUUAUUUAUAAUUCAAGCACUUUAUCAUAUAUCACAUAUAAUGCAUAUAUAUCACAUAAUGCAUGUCUUAUGAAUAAUGCGCUUUUCAUACAUUACCCUGUUGACUAAUCCCAACCAAUCCCAGACACACUGCAGACACUCUCUCUCUCUCCCGUUGGUGUCUCACAGUCACAGCAGUACUUGUUCUAGUUAGUAAGCUUAGCUAGCUAACAGAAACCCCUAAUUAUCAGUCGUCCCUCAGACACUUCCUUCCCCCCCCCCCCCCCCCCCCGGCGGCCCCCCCUCUCUCUCUCUCUCUCUCUCUCUCUUUCUCUCUCGGGAUUAUAUGCAUGACAUGUAUAUUACCCUAUUCUCUAUAUUUCACGUUGCUGCAUCUCGUUGGCUAGUACUUAGAGUGGCUUCCCAUCAGAAGUUAUUCAAUACUGGAUUUUCUAAUUUGGCUGCUCAGCUAUACAGUCGCUCUCUCCAAUCCGGUCCACUCGAUCACUUGGAGCUAUUUGAAGGUAAUUAAAUUACUUUGCAUCUUUUCCGAUCGACUGUAUAAAUUAGCUGCUGUUGCUGCCUUGGAAUUCAACAACGUUCCUUCAGCUCGAUUGUUUACUUGCGAAAUCAUCCAAAGGGGUGUAUUGCUGCACAAGUAUUUUGAAGGGAGAACCUGUUAUCAUCUCUUGUAAAAGCAAAGUACUAAUCUGAAAAUGAAGUUUAUGAAAAUUGGAACCAAGCCGGACACCUUCUACGCUGAAGAAGCUACCAGGACCGUGAUUUCGGAUGCACCCAGCGACUUUGUCAUAGAAAUUAACAACAUCAAUUAUCUUCUCCAUACGUUUCCACUUCUUCCAAAAUGUGGCCUCUUACAACGGCUUUGCUCUCACUCUGGUGAUUCGGAAAAGGUCAGCAUAGAGCUUCACGAUAUUCCAGGAGGUGAAGAUGCGUUCGAAAUGUGUGCUAAGUUCUGUUACGGAAUUACGAUUAAUCUCAGCGCCUAUAACUUUGUACCUGCAUUUUGUGCUGCUAAGUUCCUCCGAAUGACUGAGUCAGUAGAGAAGGGAAAUUUUGUUCCGAAACUUGAGGCUUUCUUCAAUUCAUGCAUUCUUGAAGGUUGGAAAGACUCUAUUACUGCACUACAAACUACAAUGAAGUUUCCUGAGUGGUCUGAGAAUCUUGGGAUCAUCAGAAAGUGCAUUGAUUCAAUUGUUGAGAAAAUCCAUACUCCUCCAGCAAAGGUUUCAUGGUCCUACACUUAUACCAGGCCUGGCUACACCAAAAAGCAACAUCAUUCUGUCCCAAAGGAUUGGUGGACUGAGGAUAUAUCAGACCUUGAUGUAGACCUGUUUCGAUGUAUAAUUACUGCUGUUAGAUCCACGUAUAUGCUGCCACCGCAGCUCAUUGGGGAAGCUUUGCACGUCUAUGCUUGUUGUUGGCUGCCAGACACCACAAGAACACCUCCACAAACAGGUGAGGAAUUUAUGGAAAAGAAUCGAAGAAUUGUUGAUAGCAUUGUGAGCAUGAUUCCCGAAGACAAGGGAGCAGUUUAUGUUGGUUUCUUGCUAAGGCUUAUUGUCAUUGCCAAUUACUUGGGAGUGUCCCCAGUGACAAAGACAGAAUUGUUAAGGAGGUCCGGUCUACAACUCGAAGAGGCAACGGUGGAUGACCUGAUUUUUCCUUCACACUCUCCCGCUGACCCAGAAUUUUACGAUAUUGACUUGGUUUUGGCAGUGUUAGAAAGUUUCUUGGUGCUAUCGAGAAGACAAUCCCCUACAGCUGCUUCUGAAUUGAACAGAAGCGCUCAGGUUUUAGGAACAAUGAGAAAGGUUGGGAAACUCAUUGAUUCGUACCUUCAAGUCGUUGCCAAGGAUGUCAACAUGCCAGUUUCAAAAGUGGUAUCACUGGCUGAAGCUUUGCCAGAUAUUGCAAGGGAAGACCAUGACGGCAUCUACAAGGCUAUUAACAUUUAUCUGAAGGAGCAUGGGGAUCUGAGCAAGGCAGACAAGAAGCGCCUGUGCCGCAUUUUAGACUGCCAGAAGUUGUCGCCUGAGGUACGUGCUCAUGCUGUGAAAAAUGAGCGGCUACCAUUGAGGAUUGUUGUGCAAGUCCUCUUCUUUGAACAGGAGAGAGACAGAGAUUCCAACUCCAAGACAGCAGCAGCAACUCCUGAUCGUCGUAAACAUAAACCACUGCCAGUUACACCCUCCCAGUCCCAGGAGCCGGGGAAACAAACAGUGCCAGCUAGCAGAGAAUCAAAUAGUCAUAGUCAUGAUGAGGUAAAAUUUGGAGCAGCAAAUGUUCAUAAUAAAUUCAGUAGUAGUACCACUGGAAAGAGAGAUUAUGCGCUGCUGCUAAUGCAAAACAAAAGAUCAGACGGAAUGUUAGCAGUGGAAAACGAAAGAAAGGGUGUCAGAUCAGAAACGCAACAAGUAGAUCAUCAAGGACAUGAUACCAAAAGGGAAAUCCUAAGAGAAGGAGCAUCUGGAUCUGCAGGAGCAGGGAGCAAGUUGGACGCUAAGAAGAUGAUCCAAAGGGGAAGUAGGCCGGACCAUGGCCGCGACAAAGGCAAAGAUAGGUAGCAAAAACGUACACGAACAUCUAUCAUCCUCGUACCCAUUGCACUUCUAACUUCUUGUAAUUAAGUUUUUCUUUUUGUUUAUUCCUUAUUCCUCUGGAAUUGGAGAAAAUGUUUCAGUUCUGAACAAUGUUAUCUUAUGAUGAGUACUCUCCACCAUUUGUGUCA